AAAGGACUGUAAUAGAUAAGGAUGAUAGUAAUUCAGUUCCAACGAUGAUAACCGCCUCACAUCAGGCUCUUCCAUCAAAUUUGUUUUAUUUCAAUUCAACCGUAACACCAGCUCAAGGCUUUCAUCAAUCAUUCAAGACGUCGAUAACCUUGUCUGCCUCGCAACCCAAUUGUGAAUUUUAUAUCCUUCACAUAUUUCCUAAUUCUUUUUUAGUUGAUACCUAUCAAAUUAAUGAGCUUUUUUCUGAUAGUCAUGUACAAAUUUUUGGAGAAAAAGAUUUAGAAAAUCCUGUUGGUGUUACCUCAUUAAAAUGGGGUAGCAUGGUUUUAGCUAAAGAACACCUUGUAAGACAAGACAAU